GCAGUGCUAGGUUAUCAGUAGCUGGCAGACAUGUGGAAUCUCUGGGAGGGGAUAUUACUUUUUCUGGGAUGUAUCUUUAUUAUUAAAUAUCUAAAAGUCAUAUGGGCAGCAAAAAGCCUUCCUCCGGGACCCAUCCCUUUACCUUUUAUUGGAAAUUUGUGGACGCUGAGCUUCCAGCUCCAUCCAGAGACACUGAGACAGCUGGCUAAACUCCAUGGAAAUAUCUAUACAGUGUGGCUUGGUGAGACUCCACUGGUGGUGCUGAAUGGCCUCAAAGCUGUUAAAGAUGGCAUAGUGUCUCAUUCUGAGGAGCUGUCAGGACGCCCUGUGGCUGGCUUUUUAAGGGCCCUUCUUAGUGAAAAAGGUAUAUUCACAUCUAAUGGAGGUAUGUGGAAGCAGCAAAGACGUUUUGGGCUAAUGACCCUAAAAAACCUUGGGCUUGGAAAAUGUAGCCUUGAAUCACGUAUACAAGAAGAAGUUGGCUGUCUAGUGGAGUCAUUUAAAUCCAAGAAUGGAGAAUCAUUUGAUCCCUCAGAGAUGAUCACCAAUUCUGUAGUAAAUGUAAUUUCUGCUGUGGUUUUCGGACACCGUUUUUCGAUCGAUGAUGGGAUUUUUCAAUACUUGGUCCAAUGUAAUCAUGUUCUGCUUGAGAUUAUUGGCUCAGCAUGGGGAAGGCUUUAUGAUUCUUUUCCGUGGCUGAUGAAACAUUUACCUGGCCGUCAUCAGAAAGCCUUUGAAAUUAUGGAAUACUUACAUAAAUUUACAGACAAGGAGAUUCGAAUGCAUAAGGAGAAUCGAUCAUUUGAGGAACCUCAAGAUGUCAUCGACUAUUACCUGGCCCACAUUUCAAAGACAGCAGGUGAAAAAGAAUCCAUUAUUGAUGAGGACAGUCUGAUUACGGUGGUCAUUGAGUUUUUUAAUGCUGGAACUGAAACCACAGCUACCUCCUUGCUUUGGGCUUUAUUAUACAUGGUGGCCUAUCCUGAUGUACAAAAGAAGGUGCACAAGGAACUGGAUGCUGUACUUAAUGGAUCUGCAAUUUACUAUGAGGACAGAAAGCGGCUCCAUUACACUAAUGCGGCCAUUCAUGAGAUCCAGCGUUGUGGGAAUGUAGCAGCUGUGGGACUUUUAAGAACCUGUACAAGAGAUGUCAGUGUCAGUGGGUACUCUUUGCACAUGAAUACAAUGGUUUUGCCCAACCUGGAUUCUGUGCUGCAUGAUUCUGAAUACUGGGAUACUCCUGAUCAGUUCAACCCUCAUCACUUUCUGGACAAAGAUGGGAUGUUUUUAGUAAAUGAGGCAUUUUUGCCAUUUUCUGCUGGUGCCCGGGUAUGUCUCGGAGAGCAGCUUGCACGUUAUGAGCUAUUUCUCUUUUUCACUACUCUCAUGCGAACAUUCAGCUUUCAUCUACCAGAAGGAGUAACAGAAGUGAACACCAAAUAUAUCUUUAAGACAAACCUGCUGCCUCACCCUUAUACGAUUUGUGCUAUACCUCGAUAG